AUGAAUUCGUUAUUCCCAUUUGCUCAUGGAAUGCUCUUAUUAAAGUUUCCAGGGGUGGGGGAGAGAGAGGAGGAGGAGGGGGAUGGAGGAGCGAUCUCGUCAAGCUGUGGAUGUACAGCUUGUCCAUGCUCUCCCCCGGUCCACCAACCUCCUCGACCAAUUCAUCCAACUGUCGUGCAACCUCUUCAGUCGAAUCCUCAGCAGUACAUAUACUCGUCUCCAGUACCCAAGGAUCCAUUCAGUAUGCCUAUCGAUGAAGGCGCACUGCCUGAGUCACCUCCUUAUUUGUUAUUCACUCCAAAAGCAGAGAUUGAGGAACCUCGCUCAUACAUCAAUGAGCCCACAAGAUUAUCUGCCACGGCAGGAGAAAUCCCGCAAUUAUCGCCGACUGCACGUAUUUUUACUGAAUUAGAGAAACCAUUAUCGUCAAAAAGAAUACCCAUAAACUCUGGAAGGAGCGCGUAUGAAACACCAUACCCUGCCCCACCAUCGAGAGCUCCCACGAAAGAUGCUCGUAUCGAAAUUGUCGUCCCCAUGACUACUUCAUUCACCUAUGCUGAGGCUGGAAAAGAGUUUCAAACUGCAAUCAGGCCCACAACGGUAGAGUCGUCCAUCGACCAGAAGACGCCAUCUCAGCCGGGAUAUGUACCUCCAAACGUAGAGCCUCGGGGUCCAAUCCCUCCUGCCAAUCACGCUGAUGUCGCGGAACAAGCAAUAUCACCUUAUGCCGCUGAAGGUAAAAUCUUUCACGGUUUUUUUUGA